AGCACAGUGGUGGGGCAGCGUGAUGCAAUGAGAUGCCCGUGCCCUGGCCCUGCCGAUCCAGCCCCUCUCGCCGAUGUUGCUCAGCCCAGCUCAGGGACCAGCUGGGGGGAGGGCUGGGGGUGAGCAUAGCCUGAGGGGUCAGGGUGGCGUACUGGAGUUGCCCCAUAGCACCGUACACCGUGGGGUUCCCCGGCUUGGGGGUGGGGAGAGCAGGAGGGAGUAACCUGUCCCUGAGAGCUCCCAGGCCAUGGGGUGGGGGCUCAGUUCAUGGUGUAUGGAUGGGAAAGAGGCGGUGCUGCGUGGAGCGCUGCUGGGGGCUGCAGGCCCAUGGUCCCACUCCAGGUGGGGGCUAGUGGCACCCCAUUGGUCCAGAGCGCUUUGUCCCCCAUUGCCACAGAUUGGUAUUCCCUUCCCCACUGCCUUAGAGCAGCCCUGGGUCUCAGCCUACAGGUCCCAGCCGUUCCUGCGGGGGCCGAUGGACCCCCAAGUGGGGCUUGCUCCUGGGGGCCCUGGCCGGUGAGCCGGUCCUGCAGUGUGCUGGACAGCCCCAGGCACUGCCCCUCCUGACAUGGCUGGGCCGGGCUCUAGCAGCCCCCUGUGUGCUGGGGGGGGGGCGGCUUCGGAACCCCCGGGGCCCCCCCAGCUACACCCCAGCGGGCGGGAGGGCAGAGCUGGGGAGAAGAGGGUUGAAGGUGACUGGGGGGCCUGGUGGAUGGUCUGUGCACACAGCCACCAUAUCCCCCGCAGGGCUUGUAUUUUCCUGAGUGCCGCUUCCCUAGUGAAAUCCGCUCCGCGAGGCAGGGCAGCUCGCGUGACAGGGGAUCUGGGUGUGCCCCCGGCACACGCACGGUCCUUACACAGAUCUGUGCACACGGCUCACGAGCUUCCGCCGGGGGGUCCGGGGGCACUGACGCAGCGCGGAGCGGAGCGGGGCGGGGCCGGGAGGCAACCUCCACCACCUGCUGACUCCCCCUCACCCCAUAUGGCCCCCCGGCUCUGCCCCGCCCGGCGCCCCUCUGCCUGGCUGCUGCGGGGGCUGCUGGCAGGGCUGGGGGGGCUGGCGCUUGUGAGCCUCCUGGUUGGGGGCACAGGGGAGGAGCUGCUAUCAUGGUCACUGGCCCCCUUCCUGGGAGGCGGGGGAGGUUUCCUGCACGCAGACCCCCCCUUGCCUGGCCCCGACUCCUUCCUGCUGCCCAACGUGGACGGCUGCAGGCCCCGGGCCCCCUUCCUGCUGGUGCUGGUGGCCAGCGCGCCGGGGCACACGGCCCAGCGCCAGGCGGUGCGUGCCAGCUGGGGGGGCGCCCACAGGGCCGGGGGGUACCCGGUGCGGACGCUCUUCGCCCUGGGGGCACCGGGCUCGGGCGAGGAGCAGGCCCGGCUGGAGGAAGAGUCCCAGCGGCACGGGGACCUGGUCCAGGGCCGCUUCGCCGACACCUACGCCAACCUGACCCUCAAGACCAUGAUGCUGCUGGGCUGGGCGGCCGCCCACUGCCCUGGCGCCGCCUUUGUGGUGAAAGUCGACGACGACGUCUUCCUCAACCUGCCCGCCCUGGCCCGCCACCUGGGGGCGCUGCCCAGCCCUCACCGGCUCUACCUGGGCCGGGUCCACUGGCGGGUGCAGCCCAACCGCGACCCCGGCAACCGGCACCACGUCCCGGUCUCCGCCUACCCGGCUGGGGCCUUCCCCCCCUACUGCAGCGGCACGGCCUACGUGCUGUCCGGCGACGCUGCCCUGGGGGUGCUGGGGGCUGCCCCCCACGUGCCUCCCGUGCCCCUGGAGGAUGUCUACGUGGGGCUGUGCGCUCGCUGGGCUGGCUUGGCCCCCACCCACACGGCCCGCAUGGCUGGAUCCACCCACUACCCCAUGGACCCCUGCUGCUACGGGGAGGUGCUGUACAGCGUGCACCAGGUGGGCCCUCAAUCAAUGGCGGCAGCCUGGGCUAUGGUGGGGGGAGAAGGGGGAGCCUGUACCCCACUGCAUAGGGGGCUGGGGGUGCUGAGGUGCAAGGUGCUAGCCCUGCUGGAGGGUCUGUGAGGGGCAGGGGGGCCUGGGAGCCAGGACUCCUGGGUUCUCUCCCCGGCUCUGGGAGGGGAGGGGGGGCUGGGAGCCAGGACUCCUGGGUUCUCUCCCCGGCUCUGGGAGGGGAGUGGG